AUGCGAGAAAAUAGUCCUAGAUCUGCGUUGAUCGCAGACAAGGUGGAGCACGUCAAGAGGGAUUGGGAGGCGGGUAACUACGAUACCUUUGGGACGGUUAUCGAAGAAUACGUCCCGCUGGAACUGAUGGAUCUCGCGAUGACCACAUUUAACUUGGUCAGGAUUCCCUUCCAGACCCAGCGACCAGCUGGCGAUUCCUUCGCAACUAGCUUGCUGCCGAACCGGCUCAAGCUAACCAAUGCUUGGAACAUUGCUCACUAUUUCACCGAUGUAUUCGGCAACUGGGACAAGUUCCGCGAGUUCCUAGAACUCGCGGAUAAGGUCCGACAAUUAGCAACUGCGUACUGUUACAUGACGGACCCCGAAACCUCUUGGUUGCUUAUGGACCGGCUUUGGAACGAAGCCAAUGCUCAGGUUGGCCAACCCGUCGGAGAAGACGACUUGACCGAGCCUGAGGCCUUACCCAGACGAUGCGUUACCGGGAUCGUCCGACGAGUUCUGAUGAGAAAUUUGGAGGCCAACACCCCUGGUCAACCCCCCAAAGACGCCUCAGGACAACUCGUCGAAACAGCAAUGUUUCACGAAGCACUUCGCCUCAACUGGGAAGAGGAGAGAGGCCAGCGAUCGUGCCACCUUCUGGGCCUCCAUAGCAGGGGCAUUAUUGAUCUCACUGAGUCCAGAGCACUCCUUCGCCAAUGGAAAGACACCUGGACACCAGUCAAUGAAUUCCACUGGGCUGUGGUGAAUACCCGAGGAAUCUCCAUCUGCGCCAGGCUCAAUCUCGACGAGGAGCAAGCGAAUCGGCUCCUCCGGGGACUCGAAUGGAUGAACUUGUACGAGCUGGGAGUACAAGGAGUCGCACUUUGUCUUCCGCAAGAGGGCGAGGACUACUCUAACCCGCGUUUCCUAGCGCAGAUUAGCCGCAAUCGGAGAGAGGUAACUACUUUCUUGCGCCAGAUGAAUGGGGAUGACUCCAACUUCACUGAUGGUUGGUUCCAACGUUUCCCCGCUGCGCUUCCGCCCCUUCAAGGUUGA